UCAGAAUAAUGUUACAUUUUUGUUCGUUCGUUUUAUCGUAGUAUUUAUAUUUGCAUUAUGGUGAUCGAUUUUGGAUGGUGUCCGAUCAGUUGUUUUAAUUGUUUCGAAAAUGAAAUUGAUACAUCGGUAUCGGAUCGCGUUCCAAUUACUACCCUAUAUACUUCCAUGAUUAUUAUUUAUUGUAAUAAUAAUUUUAAAACAUAAACAAUGUUCAAUUGUACCAUUUAUUCAUUUUAUUCGGUUGUUUGUUAAUACUGUUCAAAAAUGUGUACCUAUUUCUACGAUUGCUUAAUGCUAAUCACUUGUCGCGCAUAGAAAUUGUAUAAUGUGAUUAUUGUGUGCGAUUUAUGUGAAUUUGAUUUGUGAUCGAUACAAAAUAUUGGAGGAUGCCUAAACGAGGAAAAGAACCAAGACCAUCAAGUCGUCAUUCUGGUGGUCGUUUUUCACCACCACCACAACCACCACGACAACCUAGAAAUGAUUAUCAAAUUGCAGGAUCUUCACGUUCAACGUGUGAUUCUAGUUCUGGAAGAAGAUCACCUCAUAUCAAAGAUAAUAUCAAAAAAUCUAAUGGAAUUGUACAUCCUGGAAAUACUCCCAGAAUACUUAUGAGAGUAGUUAAUAGUCCAAUCAUAUUAACUGAUGAUGAUGAUGAUGAUGACAAUGUAUAUAAGAAUUUAGAUACUUCUGUGAAUAUAUUUCGAGAAAAUGGAAAUAAAUUGAAACCUGACACAGGCGAAGGUGCAAGUAUUGUGAAACAUUUCGUACCUUCUGCUGAUAGGUACCACAUGUCUCAAAGUGCUCCUGAAAAACCUGUGUUUAGAGGACCAGAAACUGAUGUAUUGCAUGAUCUUGGAAAUGACAAAUUAAAAAUCAUUAGAGUUCAAAUGAUACGAGCUGACAUUCAGCAAAAUGAUUCGUUUCGUAAAGCUUAUGUAGUUGAAGAUUCAGUAGCUGGUAAUAGAUCAAAAGAUAAAAACCAUCAAAAUUUUGAAGAACGGCAAGUUCAUUUUAAUCAAAAUAACCAACAAAUACAUUAUGAUAACGAUAAGAAUUAUGGAAUGGCUCAUCCUAUGAGCCCAUCUAGGUUAAUGUCUCGUGAUCAAAGCUUAUCUCCACGGGUUAAUAUGGUCCGUCCUCCGUCUCCUCCUUUGCCUUAUUCUCCUGAACGGGAUCAUUUCAAUUCCGACAACAAUAUGUUACGCAGAGAUAGACCAAAGCGCUCUCCAGAAAGAAAUGUUCAUGAUCGCCCACCAAGGCCUGAACAUUUUUUGGAACAACUUAAGAUGGACAACUUUUCUUCUGGUCCUCCUCCAGAACCUAGAUCACCUGAAAUGCAACGUUUUAGACCAGGUGAUCAUAAUAGACAUCGUGUGAAGGAUGACCCGAUUCAUUAUGAAGAACGUCCCAGACAUAGUGGAUCUCCUGUAUAUUUUGAGAAUCAUUACCAGUACAACAGAAGUAUGUCACCCAAUAACCGACAAUUUUCUCCUAAUCACGAACAACAAUUGCCAAUAACCCCACCAUCAUUACGUGAACUUUCUUCACCUUUGAGAGAUCGUCCACCACACCCUAAUGAACGACCUCGAAGAAGACGCACACCACCUCCUAGACGGGAUCGUUCAAGAGAGAGACGCCGUCGCAUUUCGCCUAGAAGAAGGACACCACCACCACCAGUCCGUUCACCUAUAAAGCGUAGAGAGAAUGGUAAAAAACGAGGACCUAAUAAAAAUCAGGAAGCACGAAAACGAGAAGCCAAAGAAAGAAAAAGACGAUCUCAAUCCAAGCCAAAAUCUGCACCACAACAAGAACAACAGCAACAACAAAAUCCAUUCCAGCAACCUCAACCACAGCCUAUGUAUCCACCACCGCCACCACCUGGAGUAGUUCGAAUGCCACCGAGACCUUUCCCACCAGGACCCAUGAUGAUUCCACUGCGACCUCCUCCCUUCCCACCACCAAUGGGAGCAUGGAGGCCACCUCGUCCAAUGCCAGCACCACCUUCAGGUUGGCCAUAUCCACAUAUAAUACGAUCGGUCAUGGAGGGUGCUGAGUGACGGAUGAUACGUGGUGUAGAUGAAUCGAGUUUGUCGAGGAACGGUUCCACGGAAUCUAUAUACUCGCAAUCUGGUAUCAUCUUGCCCUUGAACUUGACGCAGGCGUCAGCGCACAGUGGCCCUCGAAGUAGGCGUCCAACAUCUUCUUACACUGCGCGCAGUUCCGUAUGCACAUGCCCACGUCCGCCAACGCGUGACCGACGACCUCGACCAGUACCAGCACCGCGGUAGCCAGUAGGACGAUUUUCUUGAAGGGGUGUUCAUGGUUUAAGUUUUAUGUAAAUCGUGUCAAUGACUUAAGUAUAUUAUCAUCGUACACGCUGAAUGGCACUCUGUAACCAGUGCAUUUAUCAUAUAAUAUACAGUAUAUACUUACUUUUGUGGUGGCUGUAGUAGACUCUUUAGACGAUCAGAUGACACUAUCCCACACUGACCAAAACGGCAACGGUCCCGUUGGUUUUAUGUACCGAUAAUAAUUAAUCAAGUUUGUCGUAUUUUCGAUGACUGCGUAUGUUUUAUUACUAUACUAUUGUAAAUUGUAAUAUGCGAGUUAUAUUGGCGCUGCGGGCGCAAACUACUCGCCGUCGUGCCCGGGUUUGUGGUUAUAUAAAUAUAAUUGGAUAUUCAUCGUCGUUCAACAGGCGAGCAGAGAUGCAAAGUGUAUAUACGAAACAAUGGUAAAUUUUAUCGAAAAACAAUAAUGCAGAAAACAAAUUUGGUUAGGUAUAGACUAUAAUCUACCGUGGGUAUAACGAUAAUCAUAUUAUUAUAAACUUAUAAAACGUGUUAUAAUACACUUAGGUACCGUAUUAAAAUCGUCGCUGUAAUUCAUUGAUCAUAUUAUUUAAUGAAAAUGAAACGACGAAAUGUAUAUGUGACAGUCCAUUGUAGCAUUAUAGUUGUAACUAAGAGAAAAAUAUUUUGAUAGUUUAUUAUGCUGGGAUAUUAAUUUAUUAUAGACGUACUUAUAGUAAGUUAUGAGGAGGGCAGAUUUAAUUUAUGGGUGAAAAUUAGGAAUUUGCGUAACGUUCGAGUUGACGCCGGGCUAUGUUUUGGGUAUGGGCCAUGGGGAAACUGUGAAGGCGUGGAAGAAAUUGCACUGCCAUUCACUUAUUUCCUACAGUUAAUAUUACAUUUUUAUUUUUUUUUAAUUUGUUAGCAUAAUUUAUAAUGUCAUUAUUAUUACUUAUUAGCAUUAUCAUAUCAUUCAAUAAAAUAUAAUAUUAUAAUAUUAUAUAAUUUAUAAUUUCAUUUUAUGUAAAAGCUAAGGUAAUUCAGAAAAAGUUGCCUAUUUAGAGACAUCAAUUUUUAUUUUGGAUCAAAUGCAGCCAUUAGAAUAUUUUUUUAUAAUUUAAAUUAUAUUUUAGAUUCUGAGCGGAACGAUGAAACUAUAGUGGUUACUGGUUUUACAAUGGUAUUUAUUUUUUAUCCUGUAUGCAAUAUUUCUACCUGAAGGAGUGCUUCGAUUUCAACAUAUAGUAGCAUACAAGGUAUAUCUUAAUUCGUGAUCUACAUAUAUAUCUAUGAUACUCUGUAUAAUGUAUACACUAUACAUACAUCGUGAACACGAAUACAGAAUACAAAUAUACAUACCUAAACAGAAUACCUAGGUACGGAACGAAACCUAUCAGUUGAAGACAACUUAAACAUUUUAAGUUAAAAUUAGACUCAUAUCGAUGAAUAAUCUACGAUGGAUAGUUGUUGUACUAUUCAUGAAUAAGGAUGGAUAAUUACACAUAUUUUAUUAGAAUCGCGGAAAAAAAUCCCACGGAAAAAGAUUUAAACACAAAUAUAUGAACACCUACAAACUAUGAUUGCAACAUUGUACUUAACUCGUUGAAAUAUAUAGAUUUCCGAUAAAAAAUUUCUAAAAAUCAUUUUGGAGUUAAACUAAAUCUAUGUAGAUUUGUGGAAUAAUCUGCGUAUGUAAAAUAUGAAUCGUGGAAAAAACCCCAGAAAAAAAAAACGUAAAAAAGUCCAAAAAAAAUAACACCAAGGAAAAAAAGCAUAGAAAUAUAAAUAUGAACACAAUAUUAUUAUUUAUACGUCAUGAAUCAUGAUAUAUUGUGCUAUAAGUUAUAAGUCAAAAAACAUCAGUCUAAGUAUAUACAUACUAAAAUGUAUACAAAAAUUACACAGCUAUAUAAAUAAUAAUAUAAUAGGUUAAUGCUAAACAGGUGCUAAUAUAAUAUAUUUAGGUGGCUUGGCGUGGCGCGUUGGCUGCUACAAGUCGCGAAAUGCGACUGGGAGUAAGUAACGGCCACAGCUACUAGCUCCCGGAUGGGUGACCACCCGGGUUCAUAGUAGUUAAAAAAACCUUGCCACACAUGCACGUGUUUGAUACAUACCGUAACAAUCGUUAAAACAACCUACCGUACCAACCCCUAGUCCCUGCCACAGUUCAUAAUCCCUACAACAGCUAAUAGCCUUAGUCGUCGGGCUUAUGUUCAAUAAAAAAAAAAAUUAUAUUUAGAUAACAGAUAAUAUUUCAGUAUGUAUACACCUAAGCAAUGUCGUGGCAAACUAAAAACUUUCCAGAAGUUACAAAUAUUCCAAGUGUUAAUGCAUAAUAAUGUAUUAAUAUAAUAUAACUAAUUAUAUUUCAGAUCGUUAUUAACUACCUAUUGAGUAUAUCAUAUUACAUUUACUCGGGAGGAUACCGGCUACCGCACCCAUCCCUCUAUUUAAGAAAAGUCUCAGAGGCAAUUACCUCUGAAAAUACCGUCCACCACGCCACUGUACCUAAGACUUAUGUUUUUUUCACUUUUAACUUAUAGUAGUAUGUAUAUA